CACCCCGUUUCCUCCAUGUUCCCGAGAGCCAAAUCUCGCUCACCUCACCCGUCACCACCACUCAUUGCUUGGUGCGCAUGCCGCCGCUUCCCGUCCUCACGUCCAGGUACACCGAACCUGGACGCCUUCCCGGCCCUCCCACACGCCCAUAAAUAUCCCUGCUUCUACCCAGCAACCACUCAAGCAAUCCCGACUCUCCUGUCUGCUCCACAGCUCCAGCUAGUACCACAGCUCCACUUGACUCUUCGAUCUAUUCCCGCCUUCUCAAGCGAGCUCUCCGUGCUCCGAUCUCGAUCCAUGGCGCCGUCCAUUGCCAUCGCUGCUCCGGCCUCGGGCACCUGGAAGAGCAGCAAGAAGCUCGGCGUUGCCGCGGCGCCGGCGGCGGAGAGCGUCACCGCGCAGGCCGAGGCUCUGCGGCGGCGGAACGCCGAGCUGGAGCUCGAGCUGGCGGCGCUGCGCGCGGAGCUCGAGGCCGCGCGGCUGCGCGCCCAGGCGGCGGAGGAGGCCGAGGAGCGGCUCUGCGCGCAGCUCGGCGAGGCGGAGUGCGAGGCCGUCGAGCUCGCGCGGGAGCUCGUAGCUGCUCGGGGCGCCGCAACCUACUCCGGCAGAUAGUGCUUGGCCGGAGGCAGAGAGCCACACGCGCGCCAGCGCGUCGGCCGAGCCGAGGUUGUCAAUGACUUUUUGACGACGGCGAGACGCAGACGUGGCUCGCUGUGGACACACACUGUAGCGACUGUACUAGUACAACGGUAGAUUCGUGACAAAUGUAAUACGGAGAACAUACGACGCGAGGAUUAAUUUGGUUUCUGAACCGAGCACCUGUACUGUACAGUGUACACUAGUAAGAGCAUGUUCAGCCCAGACCAGGAUGUCACCGAUGGGGAACGUUGUUUUUUACCAGCAGCGGUACUAGAAGAGUUUGUUUUGUACUCCUCCGCAAAAGAAGAUUGUCUCAAAUUUUUCAAGAUUCAAAUAUAUUUAUAUACUAAGUUGUAUUUAAAUACAUUUGAAUUUAUAUAAUAUAAGAUACUUUUUUUA